GCACUAAUUAAGUCAGACCAACUCAUGUGUCAGCUUGAGUCCUCACUCCCUGCACUCCCUGCACUCCCUGCACUCCCAUCGCAUCACUGCAGUCACCGGUGCUUGUGAGUGUUAGUGUGUGUUGCUGUGUUCCCCGAUCUGGAACUGAGUUGGACUUCUAACCAUUCACCGCUAAGGCCAUAGUGCAGAGCCAGGAGAAUACCCAGGUAACCCCACAGCCAUGACGAACUCAGCGACUAACUUGCGGCUGAAGCUGCCCAUAGCCUGCAUCAUCCUGGAGGUGAUCAUCAUCAUCCUCUUCGGCACUCUGGUCCAGUACGACGAUGAGACAGAUGCCAAGCUCUGGCACAAGGAAAUCGCCAAUGGCUCCUCCAACUACGACAACGACUUUUACUACCGCUACCCCAGCUUUCAGGAUGUGCACGUGAUGAUCUUCAUUGGCUUUGGUUUCCUCAUGACGUUCCUUCAACGUUACGGCUUUAGCAGUGUGGGCUUCAACUUCCUCAUCGCAGCCUUCGCUCUGCAGUGGGCCACUCUCAUGCAGGGCUUCGUCCACGGCAUGCACGGGGGCAAGAUCCAUGUCGGAAUAGAGAGUAUGAUCAACGCUGACUUCUGCACAGGCUCAGUGCUCAUCUCGUUCGGGGCGGUCCUGGGGAAGACCAGUCCAGUCCAGCUGCUGGUCAUGUCUGUGAUUGAAGUCACCCUGUUCGCAGUCAAUGAGUUCAUUGUGCUUUCUGUUCUGGGGGCCAAGGAUGCUGGUGGCUCCAUGACCAUCCACACCUUUGGAGCUUACUUUGGCCUGAUGGUUGCUCGUGUUCUCUACCGCCCCAACCUGGACAAGAGCAAACACAAGAACUGCUCUGUCUACCACUCUGACCUCUUCGCCAUGAUUGGCACCAUCUACCUGUGGAUGUUCUGGCCUAGCUUCAACUCUGCUGUGACGGCCCACGGAGAUGACCAGCACCGCACGGCUAUGAACACCUACUACUCUCUAGCUGCCUGCACCCUGGCCACCUAUGGCCUGUCUGCCGUUGUGGCUCAUGAUGGCAAGCUCGAUAUGGUGCACAUCCAGAACGCUGCCCUUGCCGGUGGGGUUGCCGUGGGAACUGCUGGUGAAAUGAUGCUCACUCCUUUCGGCUCCAUGAUUGUGGGCUUCCUGGCUGGAACCGUCUCUGUGCUGGGCUUCAAGUUCCUCUCGCCUAUCCUGGAACAAAAGCUGAAGAUACAGGACACGUGUGGCGUCCACAACCUGCACGGCAUGCCUGGAGUCCUGGGAGCCAUCGUUGGCGCAGUUACUGCUGCUCUGGCAACCAAGGACGUCUAUGGAGAUGGGAUGGCUGAUGUGUUCCCUGACAUCCACUCUGGUGAUGUGGAGGCCUCGUUCCAGGGUGUACGACAGGCCAUCUCCCUGGCCGUAACCCUGGGCAUCGCCCUCCUGGGCGGUCUUAUCACCGGUUUUAUUCUGAAGCUGCCAAUUUAUGGUGCUCCUCCUGACACCAUCUGCUUUGAGGAUGGCAUCUACUGGGAGCUGCCUGGUGAGGAGGGCUCACAAGAGGAGUUGACCACUGUCAGGACACCAGACGAGGCAGAAAAGCUCAACGCAUAAACACACACACACACACACACACACACACACACACACACACACACACACACACACACACACACACACACACAUAGUGGAUUUUACAACCAGCACAUGGUGCUUUGUGUAUGUCUGCCAUUUUCCAAUGUGCCAAUACCAUAUCUGAUUCACUAGUAUGGUGGUAGUGUGUGUUCAAACACUCCAGACCAUCAGCAUAAGUGCCUUUCACUCUCAGAAGUAAACAAUCUCAAGGUAACCCAUAAUGUGUUUACACCAGACAGAAGCAUGCCUUAUGUUAUGGUUCUAGAUUAUGCUAUGAAGCUACAGUAUAUGACAGAGGUAUAAACUUGAAUCAUGGUCUGAGAAUUUGGAUACGACUAGUGAAACCUGUUUGAUGACACGAAAACAAUGGAUUAAGCAACUUUUUAAUUGAGUGUUUUUGAGAUAUUUUUGGCUUCUCCACUCUUCUAAGAGAUGUUACAUGCACCAAUGUUAAGGGAAUUACACUUUUAGCCACUUUUAAUCAUCUGAUUGACUAGGGGAAAGACAAAUUCGCAGUAGGUCUAUGUGUUGUAAAUUCAAUAUAAAACCAAAGAAAAAUGUAAAUCGCGGAUGUUUUCAUGAAUAGUGAAUAGUCAAUCACUUUUAUAGGUGCAUGUCCAUCACUAAAAAUGAAAAGUAUUCCAAACUAAAGCUAUGCAUAGAUAGUUAAAGUAGAGUUUUGACUAUUGAAUAUUCUCUCUGGGUCGGGAUUCUCCUUUUGUUCUAUUUCUAUACUAUGAAAUGUAUUGGGUCUAGAGUAGAGUUGCUAUUGUACAAUUAUGUACAGUUGUGUAUUGUACAUAAAUGUUUAGACAACAUAAAAUGUGAUAUAAUUGAAAAGACUAGCUUCACCACUACAGACAAACAAACCAUUUAAUCAAAUGGAUUAUUUGCUACAGGGAAGGAAAUGGUGCCCAGACUUUGUUUCACUGGAUUGCUGUGAAUUUAAAAUGAUAAUUGAAUAAUACCUGUAGCACAUUUUGGCAGAAAUAAAUCUUUCAAAUGUGAUAUAAAUAUU